UUGAAGGCACCAAAGAGCUACAAAAUACAAAUAAGUGUGUCGUGAUACAUUAGCAAAUAAAGCUAUUUUAGUUUCACAUUCUGGCUAAACAAUUGUGUAAAACAACGCCUUUUAAAAAGUUUCUUUUGAACGCGACACGACGAGCCUUACGUUAACAUCUCGCGAGGUUUCAACAGUAAGCAAACAAACGACCAAAAUCUCUUUUUGUCCAUGUUUGUUUUCGCUUUUGACAGUCGACGCAACACCACCACUCAAACGAGUAAUUCCAAAGACAUGACAAUGCUGCUUCAACAUCGAGCUAUUGUGUCACUCGGCCUCCGGAUGUUUUCCACUCAUGCGACCGGAGGACCUUUGGCGGACGCGACAAGUUCCAGCUCAGACAUGUCAGAAUUCCGAAAGGCCUUUUCCAAAGCCAAGCACAUAGCAAUCAUCACCGGGGCCGGUGUGAGCGCUGAGAGCGGCGUGCCGACAUUCCGGGGCGAACAUGAAAAAUGGAGGAAAUGGCAAUCACAAGACCUAGCUUCACCAGAGGCUUUUUCCCGCUACCCGUCACGUGUCUGGGAGUUCUACCAUCACAGGCGAGAGGUGGCGCUGAGCAAGAAGCCCAACGCAGCGCACGUGGCCAUUGCGGAGUGCGAGGCCCGACUGAAAAAGCAGCGCCGCGAAGUGGUGGUCAUCACGCAGUGCAUCGACGACCUUCACCAACAGGCCGGCUCCAAACACGUGCUCAGGAUUCACGGCAGCCUGACGGAGACACGUUGCCUGAGUUGUGGCGACGUGAACGUUAACAAGCGCAGCCCCAUAUGUGCGGCCCUCAAGAACAAGGGGUCACCUGACCCUAAUAUGGCCGAUGCUAACAUUCCAGUGGAUAGACUGCCAAGGUGUUCCGAAAGCGAUUGCAACGGUCUGCUGAGGCCUAACGUGGUGUUUUUCGGGGAGACGCUGGACUCUCACCUCCUGACCAAGGUGGAAAAAGAGCUGGAAAUCUGUGAUCUUUGUCUGGUGGUGGGUACGUCAUCAAUUGUCUACCCGGCAGCCAUGUUCGGCCCCCAGGUGGCAUCCAGAGGCGUCCCGGUGGCGGAAUUUAACCUUCGAGCAACACCUAAGUCCGAGUACUUCACGUACCACUUCCAGGGUCCGUGUGGAACGACGCUACCUGCAGCCUUGGCACGGCACGAGUCCGAGGUUGUCUAAAAGCGGAGGACCACCGAUGGCUUCGUCUACGGGGCAAAAGAAGGUUGUUGUCGCUGAUGUUGUUUUCUAUACCAAAUGUUUGCCUUAAAAGCAGUUAAGAUGGCCUGGGUGCAUAGAAUGUAGCUCUGCAGAUCUGUUAUUACUUGAAUAUACUGCUCGAAAUGUGGAAAUGGGAUAUGAUGUAGCUAUGCAGAUUUAUUGUUGAUCAAGGAGAGCGAAUGUUACACAAACUUGUUCCCAUAGACGACAUGUUCUGACUUCUUCUCCAAUGUACUGUACAGUGGAACCUCCAAUUUGCCCCCAUCGGAAAUAAUGUAAAGUGAUGUCAUUCGUUCCAGACUCAAGAUUGUCACCAUUAUCAAGCAUUCUGUUGAGGCGAUGUUUUACGUUGCCUUCCUAACUCUUAAGUUAAACCCUGAAUAAUAAAAUUUAAACAAAGUGAAACUACUCACCUGACGGACACAAAGUGGAGAGGGAUGUUUUUGGAGCGAUGUGUUUUGUAGGUACUGAUUGCUGCAUUACUUUUGGGGGCACUGGGCUUUGGAGGUUCCACUGUACUAGUUGGGAAUUUUGUAAUCUGGUAUGAGGCGGUGGGUAGAACGUUAACAAGGAGUUUUUGGUGUGAGAGGAGAACAUUUCUUCCCUCACGGUGUUGAUGCCGAUGCCUUGACCAAAUGUUUGCUUUAAACUUUACAGAGCAAUAUUAGCUCACGUUACAGACAUUUAUUCUCAGGCUCACUGACAUUAGUGUGGCCAAAUAUCAUUCGUGUUUCAUUCAAUGCAUUCUUACUAUUUGUAAUAACAGGGUCGAUGAUUGCAAAAUUGCUUGUUUACGUCUAAAACUAAUGCACACUUUCUUAUCAUGUACAGUACUCAAAUUAUAUUGAUAGUCAAUCAAAAAUAAGCCAAUUCAGGAAGUUAUUAAAUCAUUUUAAUAUGCA